AUGGGUGGGCAAGAGCACGAGGAGCUUGGUGCCGAGGAAGACCUCCUCCAGGUUGGCGAGGACGGAUUCGCAUAUUACCUCACCUUGAUGAGGGCACAGGGCAGUCCACAACCACAACCGCACCUGGCGAUGCUGCUUGACGGAAAGGUGGGGGCACGUCCGAGCGCCGAGGGAGAUCUAGGCGAGAUGGUCCUCAUCAGAUUAGGCGAGCUGGACAUCGGGCAGGACGCGGCCACCGGCGGGCGGUGCUCGUCAGUGUGUGCUGGUUCCACGGGUAUGGCAUGGCCGCGCGGCAAGGCACAAACUGUGGGGGCUGAGCGCCGCUGCCGUGGUGAGGAUCCGCGCCCGUGCCGCCUGCGCCGUCCGCGCAACACCGCCCGCGCCGCCUUGCAAAAUAUUUGA